AUGCGACACAGCGAAAAAGUCGACUUACGCAAGGCUGGAUAUGCACAAAGUCUGGCGAUAGCCUCAGGACCUGUGGUUCCUGUAGUUGCUGCUAUCUUCACCUUCUUGGGUGUCGUUCUAUCGGGUAACGACCUACUGGCUAGUGAUGCAUUCAGUGCAAUAACCGUAUUCUUCGUAAUGUUAUUCGGUAUUCGCAUGAUACCGUAUGGCUCGAGGUAUUGCGCUGAAGCGGUUGUCGCCUUAAGACGCAUUCAAGAACUGCUUCUAUUCCCGGAAUAUGAUCAGCAUAUUCCACCGGCACAAGAUCCAUCUGUUGCGAUUGAAUUCAAGAAUGCUUCAUUCGCUUGGGAUGAUAAAGAUGAUAAAGAUCAGUCAUCACAGAGUCAGUCCGAAGCAACCGAACGAAGUCCAGUGGUUGAGGGGGAGCAAACGAACACGUGUUCCACAUUCGCCCUGGAAUCCAUUGAUUUAACCGUCAAAAAGAAAGAACUCGUUGGUGUGUGUGGACCGGUGGGAAGUGGUAAAACAGCUUUAUUGAAUGCUAUUGUAGGACACAUGGCUCAAAAAGAAGGCUCGAUGAGUGUCUCUGGAAGUGUGGCGUACGUAUCGCAAACACCGUGGAUUCAGAAUCUAACCGUACAGGGCAAUGUUUUGUUUGGAUCGCCGAUGAACACAAGUCGAUACUAUCGUUCGAUCACCGCUUGCGAGUUGUCGAAGGAUUUGGAAAGUAUGAAGGCUGCUGAUCAAACUGAGAUCGGCGAGAGAGGUGUCACACUAUCGGGUGGUCAAAAAGCGCGUGUCGCCCUUGCACGAGCCCUGUUCGCUAAUCGACAGAUUUAUUUGCUGGAUAACGCUUUGACGGCACUCGACAAAAAAGUCGCCGAUCGUAUCUUUGAAAAGGCCGUUCAGGAGAUGUUGGGCAAUAAAACAGUCGUUUUUGUCACUACUGAUGUUCAGGUGAGCAGAAACUCUGAUGUAAAAAUUUAUAUCGACAGGGGUAUUCGCAUACACUUUAAGGAGUUUCUUCAUCAUCAGUCUAGACGAGCACUGCAAGAAACGCACUGCGAUCGUGUGGUCUAUAUGGAAUCUGGUCGUGUCGUCGGAGUUGCACCACAUGAGGAACUUCUUGAAAGCUGUGAAGCAUACGCGUUGUUCUGUGAAAAUACCACACUCAGUAGCGAUCCACUAGAUUCGUCCGUAGAUCACGGAUCUACGGUACCAACGCCGGAUAUAACCAAGAAAUCAGAAGAUGAUGAUUUCGUGAAGGUUGAUGAGGACGGAAAAGAGUUGUCGUUACCGAGGCGAUUAACCAAGACAUCGGCAGCCAGUCACUUGCAAGUGUCGAAUGCGAGUUCAUAUUUGGAUCUCCAAGCAGCCACUAAUGGCCAAUUGGUCGAAGAGGAGGAAAAUUUGGGCUUAGCCGCAAUGUCGUGGUCUGUUUACAAAGAAUACAUAAACGCUGCAGGAACUUAUUUAAUAUGGGCAAUGCUUUUGAUUGCAUUCGUGUUGAAUGUCUUCGCAACAAUAUUCUCAACCGCAUGGUUGUCACAAUGGAUGAAAUACGGACACGCUGAAUUGUUGAUUAAUGAAAGUGGUGAACUAAAAGUUGUGAAGCAAAGUCUCGCAGACAGUGACUCUACCGGCUAUUAUGCGACAAUUUAUUUGCUCUCGUUGAUUCUCCUUUUCGUUUCCGGAUUCUUGAAGGCCGUAAUUUUCGUUAAGGUUAGACAAUAG